CACCUGAAAGCAUCAUGACGUAGUUUGGCAGUGCGUUCCGGGUUACAUGCUAAAGGCUAACAGCUAAGUUUGAAAAUGGCAGCAGCGAUGGAUGUAGAUACACCAAGCGGCACCAACAGUGGGGCCAGCAAGAAGAGAUUUGAAGUUAAGAAGUGGAACGCCGUGGCGCUCUGGGCCUGGGACAUCGUGGUGGAUAACUGUGCGAUCUGUAGGAACCACAUCAUGGAUCUCUGUAUAGAGUGUCAGGCUAACCAAGCUUCUGCCACCUCUGAGGAGUGCACCGUAGCCUGGGGAGUCUGCAACCAUGCAUUUCACUUCCAUUGUAUCUCUCGCUGGCUAAAAACCCGACAGGUGUGUCCUCUGGAUAACAGGGAGUGGGAGUUUCAGAAAUACGGACACUAGCUCUGUUAUCGUUCUCUUUUUUUCUCGACUUCUACAAGAUCCACCCCUAUUGCUCCUCCUGCCUGUGAUACGAGUUAUUGUUUUACACCCGUUGUUUGUUUUUGUUUAUUGUAAGUACACAAAUAAACAUAAAUGUUGACAAAAA